CUGAGAGGAGGACAGAGCGUCACAUCUCUCCAAACGCCCAUCAAACUUUCACCACAGCCUGUAGAGAGGACCCAGUCCUCUGAAAGAGGCCUGUUAGAGACAACGAGGACACGCUGGAUUCUGCUCACACGGCCGGACAGCGAUGGAGACACUACUGGCGAUUACUUUUGGUUCAGUUUGACCCUGUUGUUCUUCCCCUUGAAAACAUCCUGUUCAGUUUUUGCGUCCUUUUUGCGACAAGGCGACGGGGAUGGAGCAAGCACCCAGCGCGCCGAGCCCUCCUCCAAAACCGGCCCAUCACGAGCCCAUCAGCUUCGGCAUCGACCAGAUCCUGGGAGCCGGUACGGAGCCAGAAAGCGGGCGCACGGCUGGAAGACAAAGUGGAUCCGAUUUAAGCAACGGGGACGCUUAUUACAGUUUAGGAAGCCCGACCGGGGCCAGCGCGCCCUCAUACACCGCGCUGUCUAUCUCCCUCUCCGGUAUAAUGCCUCCGGUGGAGGCUUCAGGUUCAUACGGGGAGAGCAGGAGUCUGGGCAGCCGGGGAGUGAUUCGAGUCCCGGCACACAGACCCAUGACAGCCCCGGGACCCCCGGCCCCCGUCCAGAGCGCUGUCCCUGGGUUUGGGGGGCUGUGCUUCCCUUGGAUAGGAAACAGGUUCGCCAAGGACAGAAUAUCAGCGGCUCUGGUGCCGUUCGCCGUUACGCGGCGGAUAGGACACCCGUACCAGAACCGGACACCGCCCAAACGGAAAAAGCCCCGCACGUCCUUCUCCAGGGUUCAGAUCUGCGAGCUGGAGAAACGCUUCCACCGGCAGAAGUACCUGGCCAGCGCCGAGCGGGCGGCCCUGGCCAAGAGUCUGAAGAUGACAGACGCACAGGUGAAAACCUGGUUCCAGAACCGCAGGACCAAGUGGAGGAGACAGACAGCCGAGGAGAGGGAGGCGGAGCGUCAGCAGGCCAAUCGUCUCAUCCUGCAGCUGCAGCAGUCCGCCCUCCAGAAGUCCCUCAGCGAAUCAGCGGUGUCGGAUCCACUGUGCGCCCAUAACUCCUCCCUGUACGCCCUGCAGAACCUCCAACCCUGGGCCGAGGAGAGGGAAUAAGAGACCAGACGCCAUGCUGUAAUCAAUAAGCAUCAGCUAUUAUCCCUGGGAGGAUAAAAAUCAAUUUAAUUAGGCCCUACAUGAGGACAGUGGGACUUACUUUUUUGAUCCAUGCAAUGGAUUUAAAAUUUAAAAAAAAAAAAAAAAAAGAAAGUUGGAGCAGAAAAACUGAAGAAGGGGUCACAGCCAUUUGAGUGGACGGGUGAGAAAAUGGACCUGAAGUGAUGGAGAUGGUGAGUGAUGCCUGAUUUGAAAGAGAAACAGAACUUUUCUUGGAAUAAAUCUUGCAGCUCUGUGCUUGGGAAGAGACUUUUUCAAAUUCAACAACAAAAAAAAGGAAACAGAACUUGUCAUUAAAAAAUUCUGUGAUUGUCCUCUAAUGCUUGUACUUAUUCUGUUUACUAGAAUAAGAGGGAGAAAUGUACCCCUUUGUCUUCUCUCAAGCAUCAGACACAUUGUUCAACACUUAGAAAGGGAAGAACACCAGCCAUAUAAAGGCAAGGCCUACAUCCCAACACCUAUACAAUAGAGUACUUGCAUACAAAUGUGAAAAUGUCUGUUUUAUUAAAAUACACACACAAAAAAUGCAGAUAUGAAAGCUGCUCCAGAUAUUUUUCUUAACUGUUCUGGUGCUUAAACUUUCCUUCCAAUCUCAUUUAUAAAUGUACCCACUCCAGCUGCAAUGCACCACCACGGUCACCUGUCCGUCUCCAGGUUUAGUGCACCACCUCAGCCCAAGAAAAAGAUGCCUAAAAUGUUCCAUUAUGGGGGAGAAAUGCUUUUGUUGCGCAGUAAUAAAAGGGAAAUAGAUGUCAGGGUAAGAGGGGGGAGAGAGGAAAAUAUGAAAGAGGCUGCAAGUUGGGUAAUAAAGGGAGUGAUGCAUGUUCAGUGAUGGUGGUGACGUUUUUUUUUUUUUCAUAUGCACAUUAUCAUGCUUUAUUUGUGUGUCCUUUGGGAAUCGGGGCACAAAUGUACAACUCCUUUUGUACUUUCAUUGUAUAUGUGUAAAUAACAAUAUAAACUGUUCUUGUGAC